GUACUUUAUGCAUAUGGUUUAGAUUCCCAUUUUCUGCCACUCCUCCCAGUAGCGAUAGCCAUCUUUGCAGCCCUCGGGGUUGUGUUGGCAUUUAAGAAGAGGAAAGUUGUCAUGGGGGUGAGUGGGGAAAUGACAAGUUAUGAAAUUUGCAUUAGGUACUACACUGAUUAUUCAUUAUGAAAUUUGCAUUAGGUACUACAGCAGCGGUUCUCAACCUGUGGGUCUCAACCUUUGGGGGUUGAAUGACCCUAUUCCAGGGGUCGCCUAAGGCCAUCGGAAAAUACAUAUGCUCUACAGUUAUGAAGUAGCAACAAAAAAAAAUUGUGGUUAGGGGUAGCCACAACAUGGGUAACUGUAUUACAGGGUCACGGCAUUAUGAAGGUUGAGAACCACCGUACUACAGUGAUUAUUCAUUAUGAAAUUUGCAUUAGGUACUAUAGUGAUUAUUCAUUAUGAUUUUUUUUUUUUUAAAGUUAACACACUGGGGGGUGAUUGAAAAUUUGUUCGUUAUUCACAGAUGAACGACGAAACAAAUCAGUUAAUAUAUUUUUGUUUGGUUCAGGUGCUGGCCCUUGUGUUGGUCACCAGUCUGAUUGCACUCUUCCUCCUCUGGAUCCAGAGAAUGCCACACAAUCUUCAGUAUCCUUGUUAUUUUUUUUUCUUUCACCUGCCUGAUUGUAUUUGAUUUAUAAGUUUUUGGAAGGAUAUGGGGAAUGAAGAGAGACGUGGAUUGUAUGGAAGGAUAUUAGGGCAACACAAAAUCAUGUAUCCAUGAUUUCAUUAAUAAUUGAUGGGCAUUUUACUAGUAGUAAUGAUAAGAGUUGACUUCCACACCUAAACAGCCUUUCAUGUGCAAUAAUUUGGGGUGUUUUCUUUAAUGGCAAGAAAGACAAUACUUUAUGGGGAUCUUCCCGCUCAACACAUUUUACAUUAUGAUGUGCGCCAACUUUCUUCUUUGUCUACUUUGCCUGUGGAUGGCCUCAGUGAAUGCUAAGGAAAUGCUGGGAGCUUUACUUAUAUUACAGGCAGUUGGUAAGUAAUCAGCCAGAUUUCUUAGUUUUUAUACUACAAGUAAUUGAUAAGUAAUCAGCCAAAUUUCUUAGUUUUUAUAUUACAAGUAGUUGAUAAGUAAUCAGCUGAAUUUCUUAGUUUUUAUAUUAUAAGUAAUUGAUAAGUAAUCAGCCGAAUUUCUUAGUUUUUAUAUUAUAAGUAAUUGAUAAGUAAUCAGCCAAAUUUGUUAGUUUUUAUAUUAUAAGUAAUUGAUAAGUAAUCAGCUGAAUUUCUUAGUUUUUAUAUUACAAGGAUUUGGUAAGUAAAUUGAAAUUGAUUUUCUUGCCUCUUAGUCUAGUGAAUAUGACAACUAUCAGUUGUGUGCCAAUAAAUACAUUAAACUUUUGAACAGUCAAUUUGCCUCAUACACAGUUUACCAUAGACUUCUGUUAACAUGUUCCUCACACAUAAUUUACUAUAGCUCUAUGUUGAUAAGUUAACAAUUGAUUUUAAUGAGACUUCCGACUUAAUGUCUUAUGAAGAGUUUAGGACUAAAAGCUAUCAUUUCAGUAUUCUGUGAUCCAAACAUGGAUUUUUAGAUCUAGUUGUUAUUAUAGUACAUAAACACACAACUUGGCUCCAAAUAUAGAGAAAUCUCUUCAAUGUUUCUUAUUUAAUGUCUUCUAGUGGUUUGAGCUGAGACAUUUUCUUUCAUACCAUUGCAGUCCUGACCAUUUGUGAGGUUUCUUUGCACAACUCCAAUUUUUACUCCACCUCCAAACUUCAAAUGACGUCCAUCAUUGCCAGCUACACCAUCUACCGGAUGCAGGUUGUGAACAAAAUCUCCAGGCAAGUGGCUGUGCUGGCAUCAGGUGUACACAUGGCCAAAUCACUGGCAAGUGCCACAUCUUUGGUGCUGGAUGGAGAAAACAGGGAGAUCACUCUUCUGGAGAUGACAGC